UCUAACUCUCUAUCUGUCUGUCUGUCUGUCUAUCUGUCUGUCUGUGUUUUUGUGCGUUUCUUCUGGUUAAGCUUGCUUUCUCGCUAAUUCGCUCGUGCAGAGUGACGUCACGCCACGGGCCACUUCCUGGGUGAGCAUUACAGGUGAACAUCAGACACACCUCAGCGGCUGUUCGGACACCUGAACCAGCUACCGGGACGUUUUUAAUCGGGAACAUUCUUCAUCACAUUAGAGUUUCCUCCUGAUCCAGUGUGAUACUCCAGUGUGAGCCGGAAAAGUAGUCUGGCGAGGAAAAACUUUCUUUUCUUUUCUUAUUGCGCUGAAUUGCGUAAUUGUGUUGUAUUUACCGCUGAGAGCGCGCGCUAGUGUGUGUGCUGUGUGUGUAGGGAGAGCGCGCGCAGACCGGCUGUUUUGUGAGUAUAAAUCGGUAUAGAAUGGGUUUUGUGCGCGCGGCGGUGUGCUGCAGCCUUGUGUUUUUGCUCCUGCUCCACAAUUCCGUACAGAGCUGCACUAAACACUUCACUAAAGGCCGGGACGGUUUUGUGUUGAACACGGAGGACAGUGUGGCGGUGGGAGCCACCUACAUCUCCAACCCGAGUGUCGGGACACGGGAGGCCUGUCUGAACGCCUGCUGCCGGCACUCCCACUGCAACCUGGCUCUCAUAGAGGCAGCACCGGAAGAGGACACACUCACUAACUGUUUCCUUUUCGACUGUCUGUACCGCAAUCAGUUCGUCUGCAGCUUCGCCAAGAAAUCCGGAUUCACUAAUUACAUCCAGGACUCGGUUUAUCAGCGGCACCUGCGCGGUCCUGGGGGAAAGUCUGGAGAGGAGGAUAAACGUCCAAUAGCAAAUGCAGGAGCCGAUGUAGUGACCAGAGCUGGAGAAGAAGUUACCCUGAAUGGCAUUGAGAGCUGGGAUGACAGAAAUAUCACCAAAUAUGAGUGGACACUUCUGAGUGGAAAUGAUUCUGUUGUGAUUCAGAAAACACAGUACAUAGAUCAGCGGCAGCUGUUAAACCUUCAUCCUGGAGUUUAUCGCUUUCAGCUCCGUGUGACUGAUUCAGCUGGACAGUCAGACACCGCAUCUGUCACCGUGCUUGUCCUCACACAAGACCAAUCCGAGCUUCACUGUUUGACCCCGAUUAAGGCGGGUCCGUGUCGUGGCUCUUUCCAUCGCUGGCACUUUAACGCUGCAUCGGGUGUGUGUGAACGGUUCAUAUUUGGAGGAUGUAAAGCAAACGACAACAACUACAUAUCGCAGCAGGAGUGUUCAGAUGCCUGUAAAGGCACCACAGGGAUUCCUGAAAGGAGAAAAAUUAAAACAGAAGUGUGUAACUCUUCGUGUGAGGAAGGUCAGUUUGUGUGUUCCAGUGGUUGUUGUAUAGACAGUAGUGUGGAGUGUGAUGGACAGCCUCAAUGUAGCGACGGAUCAGAUGAAGAAAACUGCCAACACAUGAACAGGACUUUGGCUCAGUUGCUGGAGAUCAGUGUGAAUGAAGAGAAAGUGCAGUGUGUUGAUCCUCCUGUUACUGGGCCGUGCAGAGCAAGCAUGCCCCACUGGUUUUAUGAUCCAAUGCGGCAGAGCUGCUUUCGCUUCACGUACGGAGGCUGCAGCGGAAACAAAAACAGAUUUGAGAAGAAAGACGAGUGCAUGAAGAGCUGCUCAGGAGUGACGGAAAGUGAUGUAUUUGCAAAAGGGCUGUUUGAACGGGCUGAGGAACACAAGGAACCUCAAACAGGUUCUGUUGCAACUGGAAUCGUCAUUGUGGUGUUGAUCCUGGCUCUGAUUGGUCUGGUUGGUUGCUACUGUGUGAAAAACAGGAAGAGGAAGUCAGAGACUCAGAGUGUUCCGGCUGCAGCGAAUCCUCCAGUACCACUAACUGAGGAUUCACGCACACUGAUCUAAACACACAAACAAACACACACACACACACACACACUGAUUUAACACAGAGAUCUAAACACACACACUCUCUCUCUCACACACACACAUGCACACUGAUAUAAACACACAAACAAACACACACACACUGAUUUAACACAGAGAUCUAAACACACACACUCUCUCACACACACACACACACACACAUGCACACUUAUCUAAACACAUAAACAAACACACACACAGAGAUCUAAACACACACACUCUCUCACACACAAACACACAAACACACACAUGCACACUGAUCUAAACACACAAACACACACACAUGCACACUGAUCUAAACACACACAUGCACACUGAUCUAAACAAACAAACACACACACACACACACACACACUGAUUUAACACAGAGAUCUAAACACACACUCACUCUCUCUCUCACACACACGCACACCUACACAUUCACACACCCACACACUGAUUUAACACACACAGAACUAAACACACACACUCUCACACUCACACACACUCAAACACAUACACACAUUGAUCUAAACACAUCACACACUUACACUUACACACUCACAGAAGCACAGACACAUACUCUCUCUCUU